UCCCCGUCCCGGCGGCGCGCUCCUUCCGUGUUCUUGCACCGUGGCUUUUGUUUGUCCUCGACCGGGUGGGUUUGGUGGUGCGAGGCUGACUUCGUGCUGAUCUGCUCUGUGGUGGAACUGAGGCAGCUCUCUGGCUCCAAUUAGGACUUUGUGGGGUGUAUUAUUACCAUCCUGUCCUUCUUCACCUGCAUUCCCUUGAGUGGGCCUGAAUGAAGACAAAUGUAAAGAUGGCAUGUCCAAGGAAUUUUAAAAGGUGUAGACCUCCUGACUGAGAGGUGCUGCGUAUUUUAUUCUUUUAAAUAAACUGCUGUUCUCUCACAGGUGAAAGUCAUGAUCACGCUAACAGAACUCAAAUUCUUAGCAGAUGCUCAGUCAUCCUACCACAUACUAAAACCAUGGUGGGAUGUCUUCUGGUAUUACCUCACCAUGAUAAUGCUGCUAGUUGCUGUGCUUGCUGGAGCACUCCAGCUUACUCAAACCAGAGUGUUGUGUUGUCUUCCUUGCAAGCUAGAAUUUGACAAUCAUUGUGCUGUGCCUUGGGAUUUAAUUAAAACCAACCUUAACAUGUCUGCUAGCUCUACUGCACAGAUAAUCAUCCCACUUAAAAUCCAGAAUGAUCUCCAUCGGCAACAGUAUUCCUAUAUUGAUGCAGUAUGUUAUGAGAGACAGCUUCAUUGGUUUGCCAAAUUUUUUCCGUACCUAGUGCUUCUGCAUACCUUUAUUUUUGCAGCUUGCAGUAAUUUCUGGCUUUACUAUCCUAGUACAAGUUCCAGGCUUGAGCACUUUGUAGCAAUUCUUCAGAAGUGUUUUGAUUCUCCAUGGACAACGCGUGCCCUCUCAGAAACAGUUGCUGAGCAGUCUGUGAGGAAGUUGCCAGUUGCCAAAUCAAAAGCAGUGAUUUCAUCGCCUGGAAGUUCAGUAGAUGUAGGUGCCAGCAGACAGUCCCUGCCAUAUACACAACCUGGCUUGGAAACAACCGGAAGAGAAACUUCUUCAAGUGUUCUUGACAAAAAAGAAGGAGAACAGGCUAAAGCUAUAUUUGAAAAAGUGAAGAAAUUCAGAGUGCACGUUGAAGAGAAGGAUGUCAUAUACAGAGUGUAUAUGAAACAGAUCAUAGUCAAAGUCAUUGUGUUUGUAAUAAUAAUAAUUUAUGUUCCCUAUUAUUUAUCCUUUAUUAAACUUGAAAUUGAUUGCAUAGUUAAUGUACAAGCCUUUACAGGCUAUAAAAGGUACCAGUGUGUUUAUUCGCUAGCAGAAAUUUUUAAAGUUUUGGCCUCAUUUUAUGUUGUUUUGGUGAUCUUCUAUGGCUUAACUUGUACAUAUAGCUUGUGGUGGAUGUUGAGAAGCUCACUUAAGCAAUAUUCUUUUGAGAAGUUGAGAGAGAAAAGUAACUACAGCGAUAUACCUGAUGUAAAGAAUGACUUUGCAUUUAUUCUCCACUUGGCAGACCAGUAUGAUCCUCUUUAUUCCCAACGAUUUUCAAUAUUCUUGUCUGAUUUGAGUGAAAACAAACUGAAACAGAUCAAUCUGAACAAUGAAUGGUCAGUGGAAAAACUGAAAAAUAAGCUAGUAAGAAAUUCCCAGGACAAGGUUGAACUGCACCUUUUCAUGUUAAGCGGUCUUCCAGACAGUGUCUUUGAACUGACAGAAAUAGAAGUCCUAAGCUUGGAACUUAUUCCUGAAGCGAAGCUUCCUUCAGCUGUGACCCAGCUAGUCAAUCUCAAAGAUCUCAAUGUUUAUCAUUCAUCAAUAACUAUGGAUUUUCCAGCAGUGAGCUUUUUAGAAGAAAAUCUGAAAACGUUGCGUCUGAAAUCUAGUGAGAUGGGAAGAAUUCCAUUUUGGGUGUUUCAUCUGAAAAACCUCAAAGAAUUGUGCUUAACAGGAUAUUUCAUGCUUGAUCAUCACAACUCCAUUUACAAUGAAAGCUUUCAGGGGCUAAAAAAUCUAAGAUCAAUUCACUUAAAAAACAACCUUUCUCGCAUACCUCAAGUGGUUACAGAUCUGCCUUCUUUGCAACACUUAUCUAUCAACAACGAGGGGAAUAAACUCAUAGUGCUAAAUAACUUGAAGAAGCUUGUGAAUUUGAGAACCUUGGAAUUAAUCUGCUGUGAUCUGGAGCGCAUUCCUCAUUCCAUUUUUACCCUAAACAACUUGCAUGAAAUUGACUUAAGAGAAAAUAAUCUCAGAACCGUGGAAGAAAUCAUUAGCUUUCAACACCUUAAGAACUUGUCUUGCUUAAAGUUGUGGCACAACAGUAUUUCAUAUAUCCCAGUGCAAAUUGGUGCGUUAUCAAACCUGGAACAAUUGUAUCUAAAUUACAAUAAUAUUAAAGAUGUUCCAUUGCAGCUGUUUCUUUGCAAAAAGUUACAAUAUUUGGAUCUUAGCUAUAAUAAGCUAACCUCCAUCCCUGAAGAAAUCGGUUAUCUGAGCAACUUACAGUACUUGGCUUUGACUAAAAACCAUAUUGAAAUGUUGCCUGAUAGACUGUUCCAGUGCAAAAAGCUGCAAUUUCUUCUUCUAGGAAAUAACAGUCUGAUGAAUUUAUCCCCCCUUGUGGGCCAGCUACUGAAUCUUGUUCACUUAGAGCUCAUUGGAAACUAUCUUGAAUCGCUUCCCGCUGAACUGGAAGAAUGUCAGUUCCUAAAACGGAAUAGUCUAAUGGUAGAAGAAAGGUUGUUAAAAACACUUCCACCUCGUGUAAGAGAUCGCUUGCAGACCAGCUCAGAUAAGUGCUAAGCUUGAACUAAAACUCUGCAUCAGUGCAUCCUGUAAGCCUUCUUGCUUAAUACUCUCUAAAGAUCUGUAUAGAUGGAGAGAAUAGCAGUUUACAGAUUAGUCUUAAAUGCAUUGAACAGAGUUGAUUGUAUUGGGAAAGAAAAACAUACUUAAACGAAAAAUACAGCCUUUGACAGGUAAUCAAAUGUUUAGAAAAUCUGAAAUAGGAAUUUCUGGUUGGAUUCUACUGGUUGAAAUAAUUUGGUUAAAUACUAAUGUAUUGGAAUGCAAGAGUUUGAUUGCCUGGCUAUUAUGAGUUUGUAUAUACUUUCUUUCCUAUGAGGAAACUUUUUGCUGUUGGUAGUGAUAAUUUUAAACAGUUUCAUCUCCUGCCAUACGAGGCCUAAGAACUAUCUGGAAUUAGUUUCUAAAUGCAAAGUCUUCACUAACUUAGAAUGCUAAAUAAAUUUAAACUUUGGGAGCAGUUCAAUUGCAUGGGUCAUACUGAGAAUCUUUUUCACGGUACCUUAAUUUUUGGAGGUUUUUGACAAGUACUGAGUGUUAAUUCUAUAAUUGUGGAAGAUGCUAUUUAAAUCUUCCUAGUAAAGCCAGUUGGGCAACAAUACCUGAAACCAGUUUCAAUAUUUUGUCUUAAAGAUAGUAAGUACAAAAUAAAACAUUGCCUAGAAAUUUGGACGAAUCAGGACAAUCUAGAGUAAGUGUUGUGCAUGUGUACUAAUCAAAUUUUACAGUACUGAUCAUAAAGUUGGCAAACAGCACAAAAUUAUAAAGUUGUCUUCUGUAUGUUGUGAGCAUCCCAAGUGUUAAGUGUAAUGUAUGUUGCAAUUUAAUAUUUUUCAAUAGCCUCUCAUUUACUGACUGCCUCAAUGUUUCUUCUCCGUGCCCAGUUAUGAUAUUUUAGUGGCUGGGAAGAGAAUGAAAGAGGUUUAAGACUGAAGACACAGUUAGAACAUACCAAAUAAAUCACAUGCUUAAUAAGUACUUGAGAAGGAAAAAUAAGACUUAUAAGCCUUGUCUCUUCUAGGAAUGGAAUAACUUCAUAAAUUACAGUGAUGAAAUGAGUUCAUAUGCCAUCCUUAAUACUUCCAACACUGGAUAGAAAUAAAAUGAUUCCUGACUU